GUGCUGCUGUGUGACAAUAUGGAUGAUGAGUACGAGCAGUUCAGCCAGCUGGAGGCAGCGGCUCUGGAGGUAGCUAAAGUCACUGACAACAUGGCGGCAGUGGUCUCCAGGCUAAUUAGUAAUACAGAAGACGAAGUUCUGCACAUGGAGAUGUCGUCGCUGCUGGAGCCGCUCAGCGUGUCCGGGCGCCACGUCCUGCUGGCGGCGCAGAAACUCAGCAUCCAGCCUAAUCUGCCUGAGCACAGAGAGGAACUCAUCACCGCAACUCAGAAUGUUUUCCUGGGAGUUCUCAAAGUCCUUUUGGUGGAGGACAGUGCGGUUGUGAGGAAAGUUCUGGCUGCAGCUGAUCGGGUUCUAGAGUCCCUCUUUGAGCUCGGCUCCUCUUUGGAUAUUAAAUCUCUCCUCAUGUCCUUUAAAGACUUUUCUGAAUCUUUGCUCACCCUUAAUGAUCUCACAGUGGACAGGGCCAACUCCUUACUGGAUCCCAGACAAACAAAGCAACUUCUUGACUCCUUAGAAACACUGAGGAGGUGCAUCUCCAUGCUGCACACAGCAAUGUGCACCACUAUCAAACACCCUGCAAGUGACCAGGCCCAAGCUGCCAAGAAGUUCAUUCUAGACAAGGUCCAAACCACGGUUAGAGACAUCACUGUAACUCUCAAGAGCGACGGCCACAAAGGACCACUGGGUCCCUACGGGUUCUACACUGGGAGGCAUCACAGCCUGUUGCAUCUACUUGAUAAUUACUCUAGUUCACUGAUUCAGGACAGUGAUUUUGACAGCAUGGUGAGAGACAUUGUCUUCCAUGCCAUGGUUGUAGCCAACUCUUCACGAAGAGAGUCUCAGCAAAGAAUAGUGAGCCACUGCCGUCACAUUCUGCACUUCUGGUCUGACAUAAAACGGAUCUUAAAAUCCUCAGAAGAAAGUGAUGACACUGAACUGAGAUCUAAUAAGAUGUGCCUUUUGUUAAUCCAACAAAUACAAAUCCUGGAUAAAGUACUAAAAACUGCAGUUCUUCAUCAAGUCUUGGACACGUUUCUCGCUGCCCCUUGUACAGACAGUGAUCUUUUAGGCACAAUAAAACGGCUCUUGGACACCGAACCUGCUGAAAUCAUGGAUCUGACUUUUCUCCAACCAGCAGUUGAGGAUUUCAUAUCGUCCACUGAUUGCAUAAUCCAAGUAGCAACCUUUGUCUCAGCUGUUGCUGAAGAUGCAAAGAGCUUGGAGAGCGUGGAGAACUCACAGGCAUGCCUUAUAAGACUAAGAGCUCAGAUCGCCCUUCUUUCCCUGGAGCUGGGGAAUAAUUCAUGGCAAACCCUUCCAAAGCUUCAUGAUGUGUGCCUGAAAUGGGAGGAGGAGACAAGUGAGCUACAGGAUGCUAUAAGUGAUGUGAUGGAUUUAAGAGAGUUUACAAGUCUUGCGGUCGAUGAAAUGGUCAAGGAGCGUCAUGGAUGCGAUGAAGCAUACAGAGAGCCGAGCUAUAAGGUAUUUGAUGAACAUGCUAAAAACCUAAUUUCCUACAUGAAGCUUGUGAUUCAGUCAGUGAGAAGGCAUCUGGACAGAAGCAAUAAUCCGAUCUACAGGAAUGGCUUGCUGGUCCUCCUCAAACAGGCUCAGUCCUCUCAAACCAAAGUGGGUGAAUCGGUCAGACACAUGCUCCACUUUGCAUCCACUCUGAAUGUGGAGAUGUAUUCCACAUUUACAAACGAUGUUUCAGCAGCAAUUCAGCAUUUUAAGGUGCUGAGAGAAGGACUGGAUGGACACAAGCACCCACAUCUCCUCAGCCCGCUGAGAGAGGCAGCACGCAAGACAGAAAUCUCACAGUCCUAUUCAAAAUUAGAGGAUAUUCAUGGGAUGAGCCUGGAUCAUGUGGCAAGAAACUCUCCUAUUUCUGAAGUGGUGCAAAUGAAUUCUCUCACAAAACAUGAUGAACCCUCAGAUAUGGAAACUGUAGAAGCAGAAGCAGCUCAUAAAUAUGACACCAAUGAUUUAAAGAAGGCAGCUGUCCAAGAUGAACCUAAACUGAUCCAUGUUGACCUUUUACCCCUUCUGUAUGAAGUUUUGACUGUGACUAAGGGGAAAGAUGUGUCCACUCUCAACCAGGUCUGCACUGGAGUUCUUGAGCUGUCGAACUGCUACGUCCAGGCCGCGAAGGACAGCUCAGUGAUUGUCGACACCAUUGAUUCACAGACGUUGGAAAGCUUUAAAUCAGAAUUGGUGUCGCUGACGCCACUGCUGGUCCAGACAGCACAAGAGAUGGCAAUGAGUUCAUCAAUGAGCACUGAGGCUCUCCACAAACACAGCGUGCAGUUCUCUGACCUCAUUAGCAACAUCCGAAAGGUUUUACUGCCUGUAGCUGGAGCAUGGUAUCACGUUGCAUGUGAUGAACUGCGAAGAGACCUGCAAACCACCACAUCCAGUACUACAGAGAAUCUAAAUGAAGUGAUGAGUGUAUGCACCCGUGUGGUCCAGUUCCUGACGUCGUCUGAUUUGAAAUCCGCUGAUUCUCAGGAAACAUUCAGCAUUUUGAACAACAAGCUGAACAAAACCCAGAACAAUACAAAGUUUCUCAUAGAGCUUUCCUCUUUACCUGUAAGACAUGUGGAUCAUCUUGAAGGGCUCUGUCUCCUUUGGGGUCUCUCUGUUCAGAUUUUGCUGAAUUCCUUGGAUAAGAUUUUAGGCACAUCAGCUGCAAUAAAUCAGCUGAACCCUCAGAAGCGACUGUCGGCUCUUUCAGAGAACUCUUUAAGGAUCCAAGAGGCUGCAAGACUCACUAGCCUGAACUGCAAAAGUGCUUACAAGUUAAAACAUCUGACGACCUGCCAGAAUGAGCUUAAAACACUCACUGAUGCUUAUCUUGAAGCCUUAGAAGAACUUGAAGCAAUCCCAAAUCUGAUCCAACUUACAAAAUCAGAAUUCCUACAGAGACGACUCUUUGUUGAAAUUAGAGUGCUUUCUAAUCAGCUAGGCAAAGAGAACAGAAACUUUGUCUGCGCUUUUCAAAACAUUGUUGCCAUUACUCAAUCUGCAUCUAAACAUGCAGAAGAAGCAGAACAGGAAUUUGAAAAGGCUGCAGAGAAACUUGUUGAAAACGUUCAGUUAGCAGCCAGAAGAGUGGAGGAUUGCUUGAACUACAUCCGUGACCCACGGGCCCGGUCUAACCUGAGGUCCAUCAAUGAUCACUUGUGCUUUCAGAUCUCAGAUAUAAUCAGCAGGGCGAGGCUCAUUGUAGAAACCCAUUCUCUCUGUGACACCCUCAGUUUAGAUGUGCAGAUCCAGUGCUGGUCAGCAAAAGCUCAUUAUCUCGUGGCAGAGAUUAUGAAGCAAGAUGGUAUUCAACAAGAAGUUAAGGAGAGCAUCAAGGCUGGUUUACAGGGAAAAUCAUAUGAGGAUUUCAACAAAGAUUUGGCAAUGACGCCAUCUAGAGUCAAAGAUGUGGAAUAUGCUGACAAAAUGCCACCACUGCAGAGAGGCAAUGCAGAAAUAGUAGAUGCAGCAGAAACUAAUGUGUUCCUCGCAGCUGCUGUGAAGCAUGAACCCAAAGAUGAGAAAAAAGACUUUGGGGCCACAUCUAUUGCAUACAGGGAAGAUUUUCCUCUGAGUUACACCUCCAUUUUUCUGAAGCAACAAAGUGACAGCUGGGAUCCAAAGGACAACAAAAUAGUCCAGGUGACGAGAAAGAUGGCAGACACAAUAAGUCACAUGACACAGUACUUAAAGAAGAAAGGCCCCAUACUGAACAAAGAUGGGUUUGUCAAUGCAGCCAAAGAGGUGAUCUCAAACUGUCAGACAGUAACUCAGUUUAUUAGAGUUAUCGCCAACCACAGCCUGGACAAACACUGCACAGUUGAACUGUCCCUCAUCAUUGAGCAGAUUCUGACCAUCACUAAUCAGCUUAGCAUCAUUUCCAGUGUGAACGCUGUAACACCUGGCUGCAAAUCGUCUGAUGAGAUUUUGGUGAAGAACGCACAAAAUCUUCUUCAGACUGUUCUGAGAGGGGUUCAUGCUGCAGAAACAGCCUGCAUCACAGGUUUGAAGCAGCCGGAGCCAAACUCAGAUGGUGCAGAAGCAACAGCCUUGUGCUUCCAGUGGAAGAAAAACUUGGAAAUCUAUCGAGCCCAGCAGACGACUAACCCAGAAACUGAUGAUCUUGGUUUAAGAAAAACAUCGUCACACACUUUAGCUCCCAGUCUCGCCCCCCAGGUUAAUGUAAGAACAACAUUCAAGUAAACAGCUUUGUACUUUCAAAACAACUAGAUGUAAUGUGGUCAAAUUAGACUUAUAAUCUUUGAAGGAAAUAAAACAAUUAGAGGAUGAACUUUUUUCUUUCCCAUAAAAUGAUCUUGAAGUUUAAAGUAGCAAUGAAAUUUCUGUUUAUUUCUCAGAUGAAGACUCCAGGAAUAAUUUAGGAUCUUCUAAAGAUGACAAGAAUAACAAGUGAGAGUUAGCUAUUAAGGUGAUCAAUGAUUAUA